AUGCCAAACGCACACCUGGCCAAUGUCUCGGCCGAGAUCCGCAGCCUCAUCCUCGCAGAGCUCCCCAAGGAGGCCCUCCUCGCCUGCCGCCUAGUCUGCAGGAUCCUCUCGGCCCAUGCCACCCCGCUUGCCUUCCGCCAUGUGCUGCUUAGCGCUCGCCAUGCCGCCAGCGCCGACGCCUUUGUGCGCAUUUCCGAGACGGAGCACCUGCGCCGCCUCGUCCAGGAGGUGACGUGCGACACGUACGUCGGCGAUUGGUGUCGCUACCGCGGCGGCAAGGGCUAUAAGCCCCCCGCCGCCUUCCUCGCCGCCCUGCCCUGUCUGCGGCACCUGCGGGGCCUGCGUGCCUUGAACAUAUUCUUUAGCAGGUACACCGCCCGCCGCAAUGUCGGCAUGCGGUUCCCGACCACACUGGCGGUCGCCGAGACGGCCGACUUUCGCUUCCGCGUGCUCCAUACCGUCUUCCAGGCCCUGCGGGGGACCUGGGCCAGGAAGAUGUGGAUCGCCCUGGCGCUUGAUCUACAUCUCCAAGGGGAUGGUGUUGACCCCGUCUUAUAUGACGGAGACGGGGUCGGAGAAGGGCCUAUUGAGCUCGAGUCUCUCGCCAUUUCCAACCUGUCGGACUUUUUCGACCGCCGCCUCACUCGCACGCGUGCAUUCCACGAGGUCCUGGCCUCACCAUCGUUCAAAUCACUCAAGCUUCUUUUCACACAUUGGGAAAAGGAGAUAGAACCCGAGCUCAGGCUCGAGCUGCCCGAUCUAUACGAGGCCUAUCAGAACCUCCCUCUCACUUGGCUAGAGCCCGGCGUGGCUCGGAACCUCACGACUCUGUCCCUUUACGACCGUCACUACUUUGGCUGGUGUCCAAAGCUGGACCUGCGGCUUGUUGGCGGCUUGCCAAAUUUGCGUGUGCUCGCGCUUGGCAACUACGUCUUUUCGCACAACUGGCAGGUAGAUUGGGUUGCCGGCCUGCGCAGCCUCCGAGAAUUGUAUCUCGAUGACUGCCCAAUCCUCUGGCGCGCCAUCGUCCGUCCUCCCCUCGACGAUGAGAACUACCCAACUGCCGACGCCUUCAGCGCCGAUCCCAACAACGACAGGAUCGAGCUCGGCCUUCCGCUGCGCUGGCACGCAGUCUUGGCCCGCUGGCGCGACGCCCUCGCUGGACACCUGCGCGUAUUCUCCAUGGGUUCCGGCGAUUGGGACGGCAAGGCGCAGCCGGACGAGCAACACAACGACGACCUGGCCGGCCGGCGAGUAUUCUUGACGUACGAUCAACCACCCCCGUCUCUACCGAAGUCCCUAUCGGCACGUGGGACUCCCGACCCCUUCAUCUCGGCCCGCUAUGACGGCGGGGUUGGGCUGAGACGAGCGAGGGAGAAUGUGCUACAAUACGUACAGUUCAACGUCGACAGGUGGGUUGAGAGGGACGCAGGCGUCCUACUCCUGGACGACGACGAGAUCGGCAUCCAGUUUGGAGUCCACACAAGAGCCCUGGAUGAGGCGGCACUAGAAGACAUGCGUAUGUCGUUGACCAAGGUCCAAGUCGUUGACAUCUGA